AGGCGAUGAUCCUGUACAAUCUCACCGCGCUACGACGCUCUCUUCACGCAUUGUUACGAACAACUUUUUCCUGGUAGCAAGACACCUGUCUAGCACUUUCUCUGUUGUCGCAGACGUCAUUAUCCACACUCCGCAUUCCUGGCCGCCCUUGAUCGCGCCCACGCUACCACGCCAGAGACAAUCCAGUGCUCUCGAAUGCAAUAAAGCUAGAAUCACGUGUAGCCACACAGACAAUGCUGGGCUUCAGGCCUCAGCUCUCGGUCGCGAAACGGAAACCACAGAGCCAUAACCAAGUGGACCGCGACCUCGAAGACGGCGAAGGCAAUGAAAAGCGUUACGAUAGCGACGAUGACGACAGCUACACAUCCUCCGACGCAUCGAGUCCGUACUCGUCACGAGCCUCUUCCGGCGCCUACGACGUAAACCCGAAUAACCCACACGAGACCAGACCUCUGACAUCAAACCGCAACACGUCGCGAACGCAUCGAAAAACGCCCUCCAAACCAUCGGUCAGCGCAUACAGCUACCGCAAUCCCCGCGCCUUCACACGGUACUUUGGCUUGGCUAUAGCAAGUACACUGGUCUUGUUCAUGUGGUUUCUCCUGCACAGCAGCUGGGACUCGAUACGGAAUACUGAACUCAAACUGUACAAGUCGCCUCCUCCGCCACCAGUAUGGGAGAGCUUUCCGUUCUUGAAGCGUUAUCAUGGCGGCAUACGGACGCUGGUCAGCCGCAAGGAGAAUGUACCAGAAUAUCCUACCAAGGAGGAUAUUGACCCUGAGCUUCCUCCAGCAGAGGCCAAAGGGACACUUAAGGAGAAGAGAGCAGACGGCGCAAAGAUUCCGGACUCCGUACUCUUCAAUCCGUACCCCGAUUACAACACUCCUGGCUACGUGGAGAAGUAUGGUCCCGUCGAGACAUGCUAUCUAGACGAGAAGGAUACUGUUGCAAUUCCAGGACUGCGAGCAUAUAACGGCGUGACCAAGGGUAUGCCUGACAACGUCAUGGGGAGCUAUGACUUGCUGGGCCUGAGAAACGACGUCUGUUUCGAGCGGUUCGGGCGCUUGGGGCCAUAUGGUCUAGGCUACAGCAAAAAGAGGGGAGGUACUGGCGCUGGCAUGGAGGGCGACCGCGAGGGAAUUGAGAAGGUUUGGGAGGCCACCCCUGAAGUUGACUACCGAAACGUCAAGUGGGGCGGGGCCGUGAGCCGGUGCAUUGAAAAGAACAAAGGGCGCUUCAAGCAGCCGCCGAAGAUUCGCGAAGAUGCAUUCCAGGCCAUGGCAAUUCAGAAGCGACAGCUCGAUGCCGAGUCGAAGAUUGAUAACAACACCGAAACCGACCCCUUAUCCGAUACGAUUCGCCAACAACCAAAGGCUUCCCACAACAAGCUGCUUUCACGAACUGCUGUACUCAUUCGCACAUGGUGGGACUACGAGUACGAUGAUGAAGAUCUGAUGUAUCUGCGAUCUAUGAUAUCUGAACUUACGCUCGCGUCCGGUGGUGAAUACCAAGUCCAUUUCCUUAUCCACGUCAAGGAUGACAACAAGCAGAUAUGGGCGGAUGAGAACAUUUACCAAGAAGUACUGAGCAAGUCACUGCCAGCGGAGUUUGCCGGCAUGGGUACUCUGUGGUCCGAACGACAGAUGGGUCUCAUCUAUGGCGGUGUAGAGGAGUCCAUGUACCGUGGCCUGCCUGUUCAUGGCGCGUACCGUUCGACUUUCAUGCCUGUGACAUAUUUUGCGCACCAGCACCCUGAGUUUGAGUACUUUUGGCAUUGGGAAAUGGAUGUUCGUUACACGGGCCACUACUACCAUCUGUUCGAACAAGUCUCAAAGUGGACUGAGGCACAGCCCCGCAAAGGCUUGUGGGAACGAAACGCUCGUUUCUACGUCCCUUCUGUACAUGGUUCUUGGGAGGACUUCACCCACAUGGUGCGUGUACAGACAGAACAUGGCACAAACAGCAAAGCCAACAUAUGGUCAUCGCACCUGCCACCGAACCCACACGUUGCUCAGCCUGAGUUGCAAAAGCCAGAAAAGCACAUCUGGGGUGCAGAGAAGCCCCAAGACUACCCCGACAUCGAGAUCGACGAGGACGUUAUUCCGCCGCAUACUCUGAUGGAGGACAAACACGAGUGGGGGGUAGGAGAACCAGCUGAUCUCAUUGUAUUCAACCCACUGUUCGAUCCAGAUCGAACGAAUUGGAUCCUAAACGAAGACGUUACCGGCUACGAUAAGAAGAAUGGACUCCCGCCACGUCGAACCGCUAUCAACACGUCCGGUCGCCUAUCGCGACGCCUCCUUGAAACCAUGCACCGCGAACAGUCUCGCUUCCGCCACACCAUGUUCAGCGAGAUGUGGCCCGGCUCCUGCGCUCUGCAUCACGGUCUGAAGGCUGUCUACGCACCGCACCCGGUCUACGUCGACCGCAAGUGGCCGACACAAUAUCUCGCUGCCAUUUUUAACAAUGGACGAAACGGCGCUUCUGGCGGCGCCAGGCUGUCUGUCUUCUCAGACGAGCGACAGCACAAUUUCCUCGGCACAACUUGGUACUACCACGCCGGCUUCGCACCAAAUCUGUGGAAAAGGUGGAUGGGAUAUAAAGUCGAUAAUGAUGGCGGCGAGGAGGAGGAGCUAGCAGGCGAGGGUCGGAUGUGCCUGCCCGCUGUACUACUACAUCCGGUCAAGCAAGUCGAUUUGAUCCAGGAGCGAGUCGAGGAGGCGACAGGCGCAGCGAAAGACGAGCACCCGUGAGUGGUGUCGAAACGCAAUUCCACUUUCUUUUGAUCAUUGGGUAUGGCGUUUAUAGGCCUGAGUGUGGUAUCGAAACAGCGUUCGACUUAUCACAUCAUCAUGGUUUAUUUAGAGCAUCAUGUUGUUCAUGGCAUUUGAAAGCAACUCGUAGGCCCAUUUUAGGUCGCCUUGCACUGCAUGUACAGCACUAGAUAUGCAUUUGGUGCC